AUGAAUAAUAGCAGCAUAGCAGAACAAGAAGAUCUCAUCAAAGAUUCUUUAUUCGCUUUGGUGAAAAAUCAUAUACCAACAGCUCAAGUUUCCGAUAUUGAUGAAAUUGUACUCACAUAUGUUGUGAGUAUAUUAGAAGAUUUAGGAACAGAAGUUGAUGUCGAGGAUGCAUUCGAUGUCGAAGGUUUUUGCGAAAUGUUAUCAGCUUAUUUACCUGAUUUUGUAAAUAUCGAUCAUGGAAGCGUUUGCGAUUGGAUUUUUCAACUUUCAUCAACAUUGAGUCAAAAAAAAUUUAAAGAAUCUGAUAAAGAAAUUGCUGAUAUUUCAUUAAACAGAUUAAAUUUAUCUGGAAGUUUGUCAUCAUCUGGUAGAUCAAGACACAGUUCAUCUGAAUGUAGUAAUUCUGAAUAUAAUAUCGAUUUGAAAAAGAGAAAUCAUUUAUUGAGUGAAGCAAGCGAUGCAAGCAGUGAUUCAAGUUGUGAUUUUUCAGGACAGGAGGAUUCAUUUUUACGUUCAGAAGUUCAAAUGCUUCAGGAAAUGUUUCCGAGAUCAAGUUUGAUGGAAGUGAGACAUUGUUUGGCUGUUGCUGAUGGUGAUGUUGAACGUGCAGCACAAAUUGUUUUACACAGACAAGAAGCAGGACAAAGCAUAAGUCACAGUGUCAAUUUACUUCAGCCCAUUUCACAAAGGCAACGACCAACGGUUAACGAUGAAGAAUUAAAAUCUCGUAUCAUUGCCAGGUAUUCGUAUGUUGAUAAAAAUGACGAAGUACGUGAACACAGGCCCGUGGCACCCAAAUCGGAACCAAAGAAACUAGUCCGUUACCGGGAUAACAAAAUCGUUAGUUUAAAGGGAGAAAGAUUUACGGAAGUGAAAAAAGAUGAUGGCGAAGAACAAUCUCACAAAAUAUUCAAACAGGGAAAAAUGAAGGGACAUUGA